UCGACGACGCUGAACGGCUGAACACUUUACACUUGGCUGUGCGCUGUGKUUCGAUUACUUCAACCGUAAACGCUUCGUCAGACGUGUCGUCCGUUGCCGCACUCUCCGCACGCCGUCCCGGUGUAUCCGCCUAAAAGCCKAGUAAUAUUGCAAUACAAGUCCAUCACCGACAACAAAAAUGGUUCAAAUGGUCACCGACGCUGCCGAUCUGGCAACUAAAUUGACUGACGCCAAAGAAAAAUUAGUCAUCAUUGACUUUUUUGCCAAAUGGUGUGGUCCUUGCAAGUUAAUGGCUCCUUUUAUUGAAGAACUGGCCAAUGAGUACCCUGAUGUAGUCAUGUUAAAAGUUGAUGUUGAUGAGUGUGAAGAUGCCGCUAUUGAGUAUAACAUCCAAUCAAUGCCCACAUUUGUCUUCCUAAAAUCAAAAACAGAAGUUGUUCGGUUUUCUGGUGCUAACAAAGAAAAAUUAAAGGAUAAUUUAUUGAAACACAAAUAAUAAUAUCAAAAUUUGCUUAAAACAUAGUGUCUUAAUGGACCUGCAUAUAUUCAAUGAAGUUUUUUAUAUAAUAAAACAAAAAUAGAUUUUAUACUGUCAUUAA